AGGCGUGAGAGAAGAACAUCUCGAGGCACAGAGAGAGAGGACCAGAGAGAGGAGGAAAGAGAGCGAGAGAGUGAAGGAAGGGAGGAGAGCUCAGAGUAACAGACUCAUACUUUUGAGCAAAAGAGACAAAGAAAGAAAAAAGUGUGUAGGAGAGUAACCAGAGAAGUCCCAACACCAUCCCACUGAACCUGACAACCAAGGGACAGUAGGACCAGGGGCUUAAAGGAUAUGUAACGACACACACAUUCUGGACAGUGGACAGUCAAACUACAGCUGCAGAGUCUCUGACAUGGAGGGAAUCUGGAUGCACUGAAGAUCUGCUGGGCCUAAAGACACCCCAGCUUCAACACAAUGACCACUCUUCCCUCCUCUCCCAACACCUCUUUACCCCUGUCCUCCUCCUCUCCAAACCAGACCCUAUGUAAUCUAGAUGACGGUGCCCUGCGCCUCCCCCUGGUCUUCUUCUACUCCAUCUUCUUCCUCCUGGGUCUGGUAGGUAAUCUCCUGGCCCUGUGGGUCUUCGUCUUCCUCCACUCCAGGAGGAACUCUGUCCGGGUGUUCCUCAUCAACGUGGCCAUAGCUGACCUGGUGCUCCUGGUCUGCCUUCCCUUCAGAGUCCUCUACCAUGCUAACGGCAACCGCUGGGUCCUCAGCCCCCUGGUCUGUAAAGUGGUGGGCAACCUGUUCUACAUGAACAUGUACAUCAGUAUCACUCUGCUGGGGUUCAUUAGUCUGGAUAGGUAUGUGAAGCUGAAGGGGCGGGGCGGAGCGGGGAGGGGCCUGGCCAGGAGGCUGAGAGGUGGAGGAUGGAGUUGGGUGGCGUGCAGGGCGCUCUGGGGGCUGUCCCUGGCGGCGGCCGUGCCCAUGAUCGCCAUGUCGGAGGGAAACGAGGAACCUGGGAAGUGUUUCCAGUAUAAGCAGCGGCGUGGGGCGAAGGGGAAGGCUUACUUCAACAUGGCUCUGGUGCUGCUGUUCUGGGGGGUGUUCUGCCUGCUGGUGGUCUCCUAUGGGAAGAUAGCCAUGCGCCUCCUCAAAGUGUCCAGGGAUAAACCUGACCUCCCCAAUGCCCACCGCUACGGUAGCGCCGCCAGGAAGUCCUUCUUCGUGCUCUUCCUGUUCACCGUCUGCUUCGGGCCCUACCAUGCCUUCCGCCCAUUCUACAUCCUCUCCCAGCUCAGCCAAUCCCCAUCCUGCGAAUACUUGCGCCUGGUGGACAGGACCAAUGAGGUCAUGUUGUUGUUCUCCGCCUUCAACGCCGUCCUGGACCCUGUGAUGUACUUCCUGUUGUCGGGCUCGGUGCGCAAGGCCGCCGUGAAAGCCCUUGGACAGAGCCUCGGCAACCGGCUCCACUUCCUUAACGACGGGACCUCCAACAGCUCGGUAUUAGAGUUCAGACGGACCUCUCUGUCCGUCACCUCCCCCAACACCGUCAUUAACCCCUCCCAUGAGCCCAGGACCAGCCUCUGUCUGAUUAGCCCCACCCUCCACCCUGGCACAGCCAUAGUGGCAAAGCAGUGAAUUUACAGACCUCAUUUGUUUAACUUCAUGGACUUUAGCUCUAUUUACAUUAUAAUGUAUACCAUGUACUCAACAACUGAUGCAUGUGACAAGGGCCAAUGUCUUGAACUAGACUCAGUUUCCAAGAAUGGACCUGACCAGAUGUCCUGAAUCAAAGUGAUAUACACUACCGUUCAAAAGUUCAGGGUCACUUAGAAAUGUCCUUGUUCUCGAAAGAAAAGCACAUUUUUUGGUCCAUUAAAAUA